UUGCAUAACAUGACUCAUACAAUACAUAUACACACAUACCUACAGUAAUACAGUCAGUCAGUCAAUAGCAGGCAUUACAACCAUCACUGGCUAUAGUUUACAUAUAAUAUCUAUUCCCUCUAUACUUACCUGUGCUGUGCAAGUCUUUUGACACCAGGUGUUCAUCAUCAUCAUCGACAACACCAAAACCGGUCCUCACAUACAUUAUACAUAUACACCGACAACAGCUGAUCCCCAUUAGGUAUGGACGACGACAACAACAACAUUCAAGGCCUGUUGGUUGUCAACUGUUGUCCGCAGAUCACACCGACACACGGCUUCAUCAAUGACAUAUUAAAACAAUUGAAUGGCGAUAAUGAUGGCCAAUAUGUGGCCAAAUCCAUCAACUUUGGCGCCGACGCCUCAGCUGAUCAACGACGACAACUAAACGACAUCCACGGCUACGGUGUCCGCAUUGACAACAAGUACUACUCGGCAAAUGUCCACUUGUUUGACAUCGUCGACAAACAUCUGAUUAAUCAGAAAUUUGCCGAUUGUGUCGAAGGAGUCAUCGUUUACUAUGACUUUGAUCAUGAUGACACCUGUUUUGAUGUCCUACAGUCGUGGCAAUCAUUUAUCGAUCAGUUUAACAACGAAAUCAAAUUAUUGGUUUGCAAUUCAAUUGAUUACAAUUGUGGCAAUAGUAGUGAUAAACUUAUGAAGUGGUGUUUGGACAACGAGUUUGAAUUAGUCGAUUUGAAUCCAAACACUGAUGAUGAUGACGAUGAUAACGACACCGAUGCAGAUGAUGGUCGGUUAGAACCGUUCGGUAAACAAGAGGACGGUAUUGUUCGCAUAACACAAGCCAUUCAUGCGCACACCUGGCCAUACAGUUCGCUGAAAGCCAGUCCACAGUACAAACCGUCCGACAAAUUCAAAGACUUAUUGGACAAAGAAGUUACUGGUAUUAUCACUGAUGAUAGUGAUAGUCCAUUGAAAAUUGAUGACAAUUUUGGAUUAGUUGACAACGAUAUGCAAUGUUUUAGCAAUUUGUUUGCAAAGUUUAAUGAUAUGAAAGUAAAAGCCUCACAAUUGAGUGAAACGGAUCGAAAAAAGUUUGCCGAAGAUAUGACUAUUGCCUUCUGGAAGGCCAUCGAUGGCGAUGAAGAAGACAUUGAAGGCCUCGACGACGAUAUUUAA